GAGCAGUAGGGCUAUGGAGGCUAGGGAUGCAACUGAGUGCCGCACUGCGGCUGAAGCUCGAAGAAAGCCUCGCGCCUCUCCUGAGCUCUCUUCGUGGAUCUCUGUUUCCGCCAUUUUCUACACACUGCCCUCCUGUUUCUGGUGGGCUUUGAUUAGCUGUUACUUUUAGGUUCUUGGAUUUUGGGUGUCAGGUUUCGAAGCUCGAACGAGAUUCUUCAAUACGGCGCUGUCUAUUCGAUUGACUUGCGGCGGGGGUUACUUUCGCUGAACCUCUGGAAGGAUCGAAGUGGGAGUUUCGGAAGACAUAAGAGGUUCAAGAUGAACAAGUUCAAUCUUCCGCGGAGGAAUAUUCAGAAGGAGAGGCGACAGAAGCGGGCGGAGCGGAAAAAAGCGAAGCUUACCUCCGCGGCUUCGAGGGUGUCGUGCGCAGAUGACUCCUGCUGUGCCUCCACCGCUGUUUCUUUGAAGGUGUCGACCGUGAAUGCUCACUCUGGUUACCUUUCUGGGAAGAAGAAGGCCAAGCUUAUGAAGAAGUGGAGACGAGCGCAGAAGGAGGCUCUUCAGUCAGGACUAGUCACCAUUGAAGACGUCGAGAUGAUGAUUGCUGACGAUGAAGGUUCGGCGGACCAACAGGAGCUGCAGCCAAAGUUGCCGAAAGCUGCACGAGCUUUCUCCAUGAAGAAGCGCGCUAAGCUAAGGCCGAAGAUCUUUUCAUCUAAAGAAGUAGCUCCCGCUAGUUCUGUCGCGGGUGCUGAAGGUGGUGAGGAUGCAAUGCUGCAAUAAGAGAACUGAUUAAGGUUCGAGUGCGGGGCUUUUGUGUUCGAUUGUAAACCUACACAUCCUAUCUUUAGGGUUGCAUGGGGAGGUUUUUGUGGUAGACAUCAGCAGGACAAUUUAGUUCCAGACGUCAGCUGUGGCUUGAGUCGAUCUCCUUCGCUGAGGUUUCCUGUUCGACAGAAUCGAGUUCAAAUGCUGUCAGUUUUCGUCUCUGUUCUUCCCUAGAAGUAGCGUCAGUUUGCUGAACCAAAUGCAACUGACACUGUGAUAUCGUAACUUUCAGCCUAGAACACAAAAGGUCCUAGUUUCUUCUUGUUAGAGUUUGGGUGCUCUGCUUCUGGGGCUGAAUGAAUUGGCAAUGUUGGAGGUGGAGCUUUCACUUUGCUUUCAGAGAUUAGAUUUGCAUUGUUGACAAUCAUAAAAUGCUAAUCACAGAUUCGAGAAGCCUUCUUUCCAAGAUUAUUACUUCAUGAAAUCUCAUUUCAUCAGAGUUAUCA